GGGCUAACCAGCCUGGGGCUCCCGGUUUCACAAAGAAAAGUGACAGAAGCCGUGUAGUGGGAGACGGAGAGAGAGCAGAGGGCCCGGAAGCCACCCAGUCUUGGGGGAGGGUUCAGCUCCCCCAUCCCCGGCUCCCACCCUGUCCGGGGGGCCUCCUCAAGCCCUCGGCCCCACUCCUGGGCUCCCCAUGGAAGCCAGCUGUGCCCCGGGAGGAGCAGGAGGAGGAGUCGGCUGAAUGCCCGCGGUGCGCCCGGGGCCCCUGAGCCCAGCCAGCUCCGCGCCGCUGCCCUAAGGCCUCCGCGACCCCCUGCGCCCCCUACCCGGGACCGCGCAGCCUACGCCCGCCCCUCCCCCGGGGCUCGCCCGGGACCAGCCCCCAGCCCUCUUGCCAGCGCCCAGGCGGGAGCUCUGGGCCGGGCGCACCGCCGCCCUGGAGUGAGGGAAGCCCAGCUGAAGGGGGUCUCCGGAGCCAGCCGUGAUGGAUGCCGUCUUGGAGCCUUUCCCGGCCGACAGGCUGUUCCCCGGAUCCAGCUUCCUGGACUUGGGGGAUCUGAACGAGUCGGAUUUCCUCAACAAUGCGCACUUCCCUGAGCACCUGGACCACUUCGCAGAGAACAUGGAGGACUUCUCCAAUGAUCUGUUCAGCAGUUUCUUUGAUGACCCUGUGCUGGAUGAGAAGAGCCCUCUACUGGACAUGGAACUGGAAUCCCCCACACCAGGCAUCCAGGCUGAGCACAGCUACUCCCUGAGCGGUGAUUCAGCACCUCAGAGCCCCCUUGUGCCCAUCAAGAUGGAGGACACCACCCAAGACAUGGGACAUGGAGCAUGGGUGCUGGGACACAAACUGUGCUCCAUCAUGGUGAAGCAGGAGCAAAGCUCAGAGCUGCCCACGGACCCCCUGGCCGCCUCCACAGCUGUGGUCACCGCCACCGCCAUGGCCACCACCCCGCUACUGGGGCUCAGCCCCCUGUCCAGGCUGCCCAUCCCUCACCAGGCCCCAGGAGAGAUGACUCAGCUGCCAGCAAUCAAAGCAGAACCCCAGGAGGUCAGCCGGUUCCUCAAAGUGACACCAGAGGACCUGGUGCAGAUGCCUCUGACGCCCCCCAGCAGCCACGGCAGCGACAGUGACGGCUCCCAGAGUCCCCGUUCUCUGCCCCCCUCCAGCCCUGUCCGGCCCAUGGCCCGCUCCUCCACAGCCAUCUCCACUUCCCCCCUCCUCACGGCCCCUCACAAAUUACAAGGGACAUCCGGGCCACUGCUCCUGACUGAGGAGGAGAAGCGUACCCUGAUUGCUGAGGGCUACCCCAUCCCCACAAAACUCCCCCUCACCAAGGCUGAGGAGAAGGCCUUGAAGAGGGUUCGGAGAAAAAUCAAGAACAAGAUCUCAGCCCAGGAGAGCCGCCGUAAGAAGAAGGAGUAUGUGGAAUGUCUAGAAAAGAAGGUAGAGACAUUUACAUCAGAGAACAAUGAACUGUGGAAGAAGGUGGAGUCCCUGGAGAAUGCCAACAGGACCCUGCUCCAGCAGCUGCAGAAACUCCAGACUCUGGUCGCCAACAAGAUCUCCAGACCUUACAAGAUGGCUGCCACUCAGACUGGGACCUGCCUCAUGGUGGCAGCCUUGUGCUUCGUUCUGGUGCUGGGCUCCCUCGUGCCUUGCCUCCCUGAGUUCUCCUCCAGCUCCCAGACUGUGAAGGAAGACCCCGUGGCCACUGAUAGUAUCUACACAGCCAGUCAGAUGCCCUCCCGAAGCCUCCUGUUCUAUGAUGAGGGGACAGGCUCAUGGGAGGAUGGCCACAGCGCCCUGCUACCUGUGGAGUCCCCUGAUGGCUGGGAAAUCAAGCCAGGGGGGCCAGCAGAUCAGCGACCCCAGGACCACCUGCAGCAUGACCACCUGGACAGCACCCAUGAGACCACCAAGUAUCUGAGUGAGGCCUGGCCCAAAGAUGCUGGUGGGAACAGCACCAGCCCUGACUUCUCCCACCCUGAGGAGUGGUUCCACAAGAGGGAUCUGGGCCCCAACACCACCAUCAAACUCUCCUAGGCUGUGCCAACACCCAGGACACAGGAUGUACCCCCUGGCACCUGGAAGAGGGGUCGUCUUGCUCACCAACCCAGAUCCAGCUUGUACCCUUGCCCCUUGGGGUCCCAUCCCAGGAGAAAGGGCUCCACUUCUUCCCAGCCCUUCUUUGCCCUGGGUCUUAACUGGGGUCUCUCCUCCCCACCCUCCCACCCCUGCCCCCACAUUUGGACUGUUCCCUUGGGCCAACCACUCUGUCAUUCUCACCCCUCCCUCCCACAACCAUCUGUCCUUCCCAGAUAAAUCACUCACUGGGUUAUCCCCUCCUUUCUCAUAAUAACCAACAUGACCACUCCUUCCCUACCCCCCAUACACACACACAAAACACAGGUCAACAUACCAACCCACACAUCCCCUCACGCCCACCCCCACUGUACAGAGACCAAGAACAGAAAUUGUUUGUAAAUAAUGAACCUUAUUUUUUAUUAUUGCCAAUCCCCUAAGAUAUUGUAUUUUACAAGUCUCCCUCCUACCUUCACCCCUCCCUUGUUUUAUAUUUUAUGAAGUUAGUGCGGGCUUUGCUACUCCCUCGCUCGGGAAAGAGGGGUCUCCCCUCCCUCUCCCUGACCUCCCCCUGCUGCUGCCCAAGCUGCUGGGCCUUUUUAAUUGCGAAACUGCUUUGUCCAUCAGCUCAGCACAUGCUUUAAGAAGGCAAAAGUGAAAAAAAAAAAAGAUGCAGCAUCAA